AAGAAUGAAGAGUGAAGAUGGUAUAUGAACACGUGCAAAACUGCAUACCCGUGAGACUCGGUCACGCCAAACGAACAAUAGAAACAAACAACGUAACAGUUUGAAAGAACGAAUACCUAUCCAUGUGGAAAUGAUAGCCUUGACUAUACGAGAACAAAACGACCGGCCUAAAAUCUUCCAUUUUGUAUUUAUAUAUAUAUUCUGACUCCGUAGUUGCAGGAUAUCAUUGUAUAUAUCAGCCUAGCAGCGCAUUAAUCUGCGCAUUGCAGCUCUCUUUCAGACAAACGGGCGCAGUAUAAGGUGCGAAUUCGAGCUGUCGGUGUGUUUUUCGGGUCUGGCUGGUUUAGAUUUGCUGGGUUUAUAUAAUAGCUGCAGAGGCGGCGGAAGAAGAAGAUAGGGCGGUGAUGGGUAUCGGAGAUGAUGGUGGUACGCGUGGUUCUGGGAGCUCCCAUGGCGACGGCGAGGGGGCUAUCGAAAUUCCAGAGACUGCUCAUGAAGUCAGCAAUGAUUCAUGGUUUCAAGUUGGAGUUGUUCUAAGUACGGGAAUCAACAGUGCAUAUGCUCUAGGGUAUUCUGGAACUAUUAUGGUCCCACUGGGUUGGGUAGGCGGUGUGGUUGGGUUGAUCCUAUCCACCGCUAUAUCGUUAUAUGCUAGUACGCUUAUAGCUAAGCUUCAUGAACUUGGAGGGAAGAGGCAUAUCAGAUAUAGAGACCUUGCAGGCUUUAUAUAUGGUCCAACUGCUUAUUCACUCAUUUGGGCAUUGCAGUAUGCAAAUCUAUUCUUGAUUAACAUUGGAUAUGUUAUUCUUGGUGGCCAGGCCUUAAAGGCCUUUUAUGUUCUCUUUAGAGACGACCAUGUGAUGAAGCUACCUUACUUCAUCAUAAUAGCUGGAGUGGCAUGUCUCCUCUUCGCUGUUGCUAUACCUCAUUUAUCAGCACUUAGGAUCUGGCUUGGGGUUUCAGCUUUUCUUAGUUUGGUCUACCUUCUUGCCACGUUUGUCUUGUCUAUCAAAGAUGGUGUAAAUGCUCCUCCUAGAGACUAUAACAUCCCGGGAACAAAAAUAGGCAAGAUAUUUACAACUAUUGGAGCAGCUGGCAACCUAGUGUUUGCUUUUAAUACAGGAAUGAUUCCAGAGAUACAAGCUACUGUUAAAGAACCUGCGGUGAAGAACAUGAUGAAAGCACUUUACUUUCAGUUCACAGUAGGAGUGAUGCCAAUGCUUGCUGUUACAUUCAUGGGAUAUUGGGCUUAUGGGUCCAGUUCAUCAGCCUAUUUACUCAAUAAUGUCCACGGCCCAGUUUGGUUAAAGGCAUUUGCUAACAUGUGUGCUUUCUUACAAGCUAUCAUUUCUUUGCAUAUAUUUGCAAGCCCGACCUACGAAUAUUUGGACACAAAAUAUGGGAUAAAAGGUAGUGCAUUCAUCCUGCGCAACCUGGGAUUCAGAACUUUGGUCAGGGGUGGCUAUUUAGUCCUGACCACAUUCCUUGCAUCUCUACUGCCUUUCCUCGGGGACUUCAUGAGCCUUACAGGGGCCACCAGCGUGUUUCCCCUCACAUUCAUUCUCGCAAACCACAUGUACAUGGUUGCUAAAAGAAGCCGGCUGUCUUCCUUGGAGAAGAGCUGGCAUUGGUUGAAUGUUGUCUUCUUUGGUUGCUUAUCUGCUGCUGCUUUUGUUGCUGCCAUAAGGUUGAUUGUAGUCGACUCUAGUACGUACCAUGUUUUCGCUGAUGUAUAGUUUUUCUUUCCUUGUAACAUUUUCUUUUGGGGGUAGCUUCAAUCCUGAAGACAAUGUAUUAUAAUCUGUAUAGACACAAAAAUAUGAGUGACAAAUGAGAUGGUGAUACUUUUUAACAGAAUUUGUGAUACUUUUUUUGGACACUCUAAAAAGUAUUGCAAAUAUUGUUAAAAGUGUUUGGACGAAAUGAUUUCAUAAGAGGGACCAGCUACUUCAGAGUGGGUUUGGUUAGGGAUUUCGGAGGAAUGAUAAAUGGAGGAUUAAUUUUUAUUUUACAAUAUUUUAUCUUUACCUAGACGGAAAAUAACAAUAAUUCUGUAGAUCUUCUACCUUCGUUUUUUAAGAAUUUAACUAUAAAAUUAAUAUAUAAAGUCAAAAUUGUUCCUCCUCUUAUUCCCUCUUCUCCAAAAUUCUUCCACCAAACUAGAGCUUAGGUAGGUGAAGCCUUGAACUACCCCAUUGUGUACUUCACUCUAUAGAUAUAGGAAAACUUGUAAUAUUGUUGCAGGGUUUUCUAUUCCAUUAGUUGAACACGAAUCUUCACAUAUGAAUGAAUAAGAGUGGUUAUUAUUGUGUACA